ACAAUUAUGGUUUGGACAAUCGAGGUGAUUUUAUUAGUCUGUGUAUUAAUAUAUUCGGAUUCUGAAUCGCAAUUCGUUUCGAAAACUGAUUUUAAUUUGUUAACAGAUUACGAGAAAAAGUUUACCGAUACAAGCGAAGAUACUGUAAAUGAGUACAUUGUUACAUUUAAAAAUUACUACCGUAAGACUUCAAGGGAGAAGUAUAUCCAGAAAGCCUUCAUUAAAGAAAAUGUAACCGAAUGGAUAAUAUUGGAACAUUCGGAUUUGUCCAAAUUCUACCCAAGUGAUUUUGAUGUGGUUCGAGUUGCAAGCGAAAAAGUUCACUUAAUUCGAUCGCAUCCGGCAGUUAAAACAAUUUCGUUGCAGCGCAGGAUUCAGCGGCAACUAAAGGCUUUCCAGAAUGCAAACAGCUCAAAUUAUUAUAAUCAUUAUUUGGGCAGACAUUUACUACGAGCCCUACCUAAGGAUGACUUGCCGUUCGCAAUGAAUGCAAACUUGCUAUGGCAACAAGGUAUAACCGGCAAAGGUAUUAAAGUGGCUGUGUUUGACACGGGUUUAGCUAAAAGCCAUCCACAUUUCCGUAAUGUAAAAGAAAGAACAAACUGGACAAAUGAAAAGUUUUUUGACGACGGCGUUAGCCAUGGAACCUUUGUCGCUGGUGUUAUCGCAUCGUCCAAAGAAUGCUUAGGAUUCGCGCCUGAUGUUGAGCUUCACAUAUUUAGAGUGUUUACCAAUAGUCAGGUGUCGUAUACCUCUUGGUUUUUGGAUGCUUUCAAUUAUGCCAUGUUUAGGAAAAUCAACAUUUUGAAUUUGAGUAUUGGAGGCCCUGAUUUUAUGGACUAUCCCUUUGUAGAUAAAGUUCUAGAACUAUCCGCUAAUAAGGUGAUAAUGGUGUCCGCUAUCGGUAAUGAUGGCCCUUUAUAUGGCACUUUAAAUAAUCCUGGUGAUCAAAGUGACGUUAUCGGUGUUGGUGGUGUGAACAGUGAGGGCAAAAUCGCCAAGUUCAGUUCGAGAGGUAUGAGCACUUGGGAAAUACCGAGGGGCUAUGGACGUGUUAAGCCUGAUAUAAUAACACAUGGUAGUCAAGUAAAAGGUAGUAAUGUGGGUGGUGGUUGUCGAUCGUUGUCAGGCACUUCAGUAGCAUCUCCAGUAAUUGCUGGAGCUCUUGCUCUAAUAUUGAGUGGCGCUCUAAACAAAUCGCAUCAGUUCAAUCCUGCUUCUGUGAAACAGAUUCUUCUCGAGGGUGCAACGCGUUUGCCAAAUAACAAUAUGUUUGAACAGGGACAUGGAAAGUUGAAUAUCUUAAACAGCGUGGAGCUGCUGCUUUCGUAUUCACCUAAAAUAACUUUCAGCCCCCCGUACAUAGACUAUACUGAGCUGUAUAUGUGGCCCUACAGUUCUCAGCCAUUAUACUGUCAAGCUAUGCCUUCGAUAGUCAACGUUACAAUAUUGAAUGGCAUCUCAGUUAGCGGUAAAAUUAUGGCUGAACCUCUCUGGUACCCAUAUGUAGAUAAAAAUGGCCAUUUGAUUGAUGUACAAAUAUCAUAUCCAUCUCUUCUAUGGCCGUGGUCGGGUUGGAUGUCGAUUCAUAUAACUGUUAAAAACGAUGCCUGCUUUUUUGAAGGUAUUUCAAAAGGCCAUAUAAGCUUGCAAAUACAAUCGAUAAAUUUCGAAGACAACACCGUUAACUCCACAAUACACUUUCCAAUCACCGUAAAGAUUAUGCCGAAACCUCCAAGACAUAAGCGCGUUUUAUGGGAUCAAUAUCACAAUUUGCGUUACCCGCCUGGUUAUAUACCGCGUGAUAAUUUAAAAAUCAAAUCUGAUCCGUUAGAUUGGAGAGGUGAUCACAUUCAUACAAAUUUUCGGGAUAUGUAUCAACAUUUGCGGAAUUUAGGUUAUUAUGUUGAAGUAUUAAGAGAGCCUUUCACCUGUUUCAAUGCGUCCGAUUAUGGAGCUCUUUUAAUUGUUGAUCCCGAAGAAGAGUUUUUUGAUGACGAGAUAAUUAAACUACAAAAAGAUGUCUUCGAUUUAAGCCUGGGAGUUAUUGUAUUUGCCGACUGGUAUAACACUACCGUGAUGAGGAAGAUAACAUUUUUUGAUGAAAAUACACGUCAGUGGUGGGUUCCGGAUACAGGUGGCGCCAAUAUACCAGCUUUAAAUGAGCUCUUGCAAACUUUUGGUAUUGCCUUCAGUGAUUUGGUAGCCGAAGGCUACUAUCGUAUGGGCGAACACAGCAUGUAUUAUGCAAGCGGUACAACUUUAGCUGCAUUUCCAAAUCAUGAAGAUAAUGUUAUAAUAUCAGCUUAUUUAAAUGACCAAGGAUCUGAGAUAAUUAAUAUCGAAAAGCAAAGUGGAUCAACUAAAACUCUUCAACCUAUUAUUGGAUUGUUUCAAAUGCGUCCGGCUGAUAAAAAAGUUGUAGUUUUACCUAAAGUAUUUGAAACUGAUAAUUUUGACUACACUAAUGAGCAACUGAACUCAUCGAAAUCAAAUGAAAAGAAUCCAAUCUUAAAUAAACGUAUGCUAUUACAACAUCGUUCUCCUGUACAUAAUUCCGCUACGUUUGAAUUAAAUAAAAACCAAAUAUCAGCAAUAGUGGGAGAUAAAUCUAAAAAUGAGUUGGGUCGACUAGCCAUUAUGGGUGAUUCGAAUUGCAUCGACUCUAUAAAUACGGAAAAAUCAUGUCUUUGGCUGUUAAAUGCAUUUCUGGAGUACACGAUUAAUUCACAUAAAGCGUUGUCGUUACAAAAGCUAAACAGAAUUAAGCAAUAUGCGACGUUGCAAAAUAAAUUUCAUCCAAGAAGACUUGCAACAUCUAAUUUAUUUAAAUUUUCCAAAGUUGUAGACUUUAACGAUCAAUUAAAGAAGCGCUCCCUGGAGAAAUGUCGCAAAAUUCGCUUCUCGAAAAGCCUACCUUUAAACUCUACCAACACAUUAGAUACUUCGAAAUCAUUAAAUAUUCCAGAUUUUAAUGAAAUUGAAGACAUAUAUGUUUCUAGAUCUCAUGGAAACUACUUAAAUGCGUCACAGAAUGUUGAGAAUGAUUAUCGUAAAAUUUCUGCCGCUGUGUUUAUUAUGAGGGAUUCUAAUCAGGAGAAAACCUGUGUUGACAAAACCAAAAGAAUUGGGUAA